UUGAACUCGUCGCGUUCGGUUCGAGCGCAAUAAAGUGUGGCGACUCAAAACAAAAAAAAAAAACAAAAAAACUAAAAAUAAAAAUAAAUAAAAACUAAUAAAAAACAAUAGUAUAUGCUAAGUAAAUAAACUAAUUUGAAAAUCUAAAAAUAUUAUUUAAUUACGUUUAUUUAUUUGCGGCACAUCACGGAGCAACUGAAGCGAAUAAACAUGCCGAGUGCCACGUUCUACGCUGAAAGCAUACCAUUUGAACAAAUCGAAAAACUUGCCAUCAGCGGCGGCUGCUCAGCAAUCUAUGCGACGUCAAAGCCUAGUGUGGAUGUUGUAGGAGACUGGCAGAGUCGUUAUUGCUCACUGGCCGAUACUUUCCAGCCGGUACUGGAACGCGUGUAUAACUUCGAGGUGCGCGAGGAUGAUGUUUGGAUUGUGACCAGUACCAAAUGUGGCACAACCUGGGCACAAGAGAUGACAUGGCUGAUAUUGAAUAAUUUUGACUUUGAAAAGGCAAUAACUGAAGAUCUUACCAUACGUUCGCCGUUUUUAGAAUUCAAUGGCGUUGUACAAAAUGUGCCACACGACACAAUCGAAGCGGCUAAUAAAUUAACAUCACCGCGUUUGAUCAAAUCACAUUUGCCCGCCUGGCUGUUGCCGAAGCAAGUUUGGACCAAGAAAGCAAAAGUGAUUUAUGUGUUUCGUAAUCCAAAAGAUGCCGCCAUCUCACAUUUCCAUCACUGGCGCGGCAUGGUCGGCUAUGCGGGCACCAAACAGGACUUCAUGCACUCCUACAUUGACGGUCAUGUGAACUUUAAUCCAUUCUGGCCGCACGUACUCGAUUUCUGGCAGCUACGCAACGAACCACAAAUCUUUUUCACCAGCUACGAGCGCAUGAAGCGUGACUUGGCGGGCGUGAUCAAGGAUGUUGGUAAAUUUUUGUCGUGCGAUGUGCCGGAUGAGCGACUGCCACAGCUGGUGGAGCAUCUUUCUUUUGAUAAAAUGAAAGAUAAUCCUGCGUGUAAUCAUGUGAAGGAGUUUGAGAGUAUGAAAGCGGCAAGUGGCAGAGAGGUUGAUGAAUUCAGCAGAUUUGUACGUCGCGGCAUUGUGGGUAGUCACAAGGAUGAGUUGCCACAAUCGGUUAUACAGGAAUUUGACGACUGGAUUGAGGAUAAUUUGAAGGACUAUCAGCUGACAAUCGAUGACUUUGUGAAUUACUCAAAAUAUUAACGUUAUUUCUUACUUUAUUUACACAUAUUUUUAAGCACUUUUUUGUACAUAUGUAUACGA